UGGCUGAUUUAUUUAUGACGUGGCUUUUCCGGUUUUGUAACACAGUAAACGUGCAAGUUACCAAACAGAGGUUUUUCAGCCAACACUACACCGAGCCACCGAUUUUGGAACUGCAUUCAGAGAAAAACUAAGACUCACAGGCAUGGCUCAUACAUGUAUUCACUGGUUCCGCAAGGGACUCAGACUGCAUGACAACCCAGCACUGAUGGCAGCCUUGAGGGACUGUAAAGAACUCUACCCUGUGUUCAUCCUGGACCCUUACCUCCACAACAAGACUGAUGUGGGCAUAAACCGCUGGAGGUUCCUUAUUGGAGCACUCAAAGACUUGGACUGCAGCCUCAGGAAGCUCAAUUCCAGGCUCUUUGUUGUGAGAGGGAAGCCGGAGGAUGUGUUCCCCAAGCUGUUCAAAAAAUGGAAAGUAACAAAGUUGACCUAUGAGUAUGAUACAGAGCCCUACAGUCUGAGCCGUGACGAAACUGUGACCACAGUGGCCAAAGAGCAUGGUGUGGAUGUCAUCUACAAAAUCUCACACACUCUGUAUGAUAUAGAAAGGGUGAUUGAGGAAAACAGUGGGAAGCCGCCUUUAACUUAUGUUCGCAUGCAAGCGGUAUUAAAGAGCCUUGGUCCCCCAAAGAAACCGAUCCCGGCUCCAACCAUGGAAGAUAUGGAAGAUGUGAAGACCUCUUGUUCAGAAAAGCAUGAGGAGGAAUACGGGGUCCCUACAAUGGAGGAGCUCGGCCACGAAACCACAGAUCUUUCUGAGGAGAAGUUCCCAGGAGGAGAGCAAGAGGCUCUGAGGAGAUUAGACGAACACAUGGAAAGAAAGGGAUGGGUGUGUGGUUUUGAGAAACCGCAGACAUCUCCAAACUCUCUGAGCCCCAGCACCACUGUACUGAGUCCGUAUGUGACGUUAGGCUGCCUGUCUGCGCGCACCUUCUGGUGGAGGCUGACAGACGUUUAUCAGGGGAAAAAGCACUCUGAUCCCCCAGUUUCCCUGCAUGGUCAGCUUCUGUGGAGAGAGUUCUUCUACACAGCCAGUGUGGGUGUCCCUAACUUUAACAAGAUGGAGGGCAAUGCUGUCUGUACCCAGGUUGAUUGGGACACGAAUCCAGAGUUUCUUGCUGCAUGGAGAGAGGCUCGGACUGGUUUCCCCUUUAUUGAUGCCAUCAUGACUCAGCUGAGGCAGGAGGGCUGGAUACACCACCUGGCCAGACAUUCUGUCGCCUGUUUUCUCACAAGGGGAGACUUGUACAUCAACUGGGAAGAGGGGCAGAAGGUGUUUGAGACGCUCUUGCUGGAUGGUGACUGGGCCCUGAAUGCUGGAAACUGGCAGUGGCUCUCAGCAAGUACCUUCUUCCACCAGUUCUUCAGAGUCUACUCCCCUGUCGCCUUCGGGAAGAAGACAGACAAGAAUGGAGAUUAUAUCAAAAAGUACCUUCCUCUUCUGAAGAAGUUCCCAACUGCUUACAUCUAUGAGCCAUGGAAAGCUCCACGCAGUGUUCAGGAGGCAGCAGGAUGCAUUGUGGGGAAAGACUACCCGCGUCCCAUUGUAGAGCAUGAGGUGAUCAGCAAGAAGAACAUCCAGAGGAUGAAGGCAGCUUAUGCAAAGAAAUCAACAAACGCUGCAGAAUCACCCAGCAAAAAGCAAGGUGUAAAACGUAAGCAGCCAUCUGUUGCAGACUUGAUGAAAAAGAAAGAGAAGAAAAAGUGAUCUUUGCACAAAAUUUGUCUAUGUUACGUUUGAAAUGUAAGACUCCCCUUGACUAAAUAUACAGGUUUUCAAUGUCUCUUUACUGAUGCUAUUUGGAUGAUAAGCCAACGUAGUUAUUUUGUGUACAGGCAGCUUCUUUUGUAUUCCAAUUUUCAUGAAACUAUUCUAUUCUGUUUUUAACAUACUGCCAUUCUUACUUUUCUAUUGUGUCCAUUUUAAUGUUGAAAGCGGGUGUAUAAGGUUAGGUCAAAAGCAUACUGUUAGAUCAUUGUGCAUGUAAAUUAAAGAGUUAACUAAGUAAUAAAAUAAAUGAUAACGGUGUAAUGGUCUUA